AUGGCAUCUGGUGGUCUAGGACAUGGAGGAGCUGGGAGUUCAAGAUCAGGUAAUGGUUACAAGAUCUCAUCCAGUUCAGUUGACUGGCUGGGAAGGGAGAUGCUUGAAAUGAGAUUAAGAGACCGAGUAGAGAGUGAUUCCGACAGAGAUAGUGAACCUGAUAUAAUUGAUGGUGUGGGUGCUGAAACAGGGCAUGUUAUACGGACCACGAUUGGUGGUCGAAAUGGUCAGACUAAGCAGGUUGUGAGUUACAUAGCCGAACAUGUUGUCGGAACUGGCUCAUUUGGAGUAGUAUUUCAAGCUAAAUGCAGAGAGACUGGAGAAAUAGUUGCUAUCAAGAAGGUUCUCCAGGACAAACGUUACAAGAAUAGAGAGUUGCAGAUAGUGCAAAUGUUGGACCAUCCGAAUAUUGUGGCACUAAGGCAUUCCUUCUUCUCAAAAACUGAAAAAGAAGAGCUUUACCUCAACCUCGUUCUGGAAUACGUUCCUGAAACUGUUAAUCGCAUGGCACGACAAUACAGCAGGAUGAAUCAGCGAAUGCUAUUGAUAUAUGUUAAACUUUAUACAUAUCAGAUCUGCCGAGCACUUGCUUACAUACAUAAUUGUAUUGGAAUUUGCCACCGUGACAUCAAACCUCAGAAUUUACUUGUCAAUCCUCAUACUCACCAGCUGAAACUGUGUGAUUUUGGAAGUGCCAAAGUUUUGGUUAAAGGGGAACCCAAUGUAUCUUACAUUUGUUCUAGAUACUACCGUGCUCCUGAACUCAUUUUCGGUGCCACUGAGUAUACAACCGCAAUUGAUAUAUGGUCAACUGGUUGCGUAAUGGCUGAAUUACUUCUUGGGCAGCCCUUGUUUCCGGGGGAGAGUGGAGUUGAUCAACUUGUUGAGAUUAUUAAGGUAGUUUUGGGUACACCUACCAGAGAGGAGAUUAAAUGCAUGAACCCAAACUAUACUGAGUUCAAAUUUCCACAGAUCAAGCCCCAUCCUUGGCACAAGGUAUUCCAGAAGCGUCUACCUCCUGAAGCUGUGGACUUGGUGUGCCGGUUUUUCCAGUACUCACCAAAUUUGAGAUGCACAGCUUUGGAAGCUUGUAUUCAUCCUUUCUUUGAUGAACUGAGGGACCCCAAUACCCGACUCCCUAAUGGCCGCCCACUUCCUCCACUCUUUAAUUUUAAACCUCAAGAGCUUUCCGGUAUACCUCCAGAGACAAUCCACCGCCUAAUUCCCGAGCAUGCUAAGAGGCAGAACUUGUUCAUGGCUUUCCAUUCGUAG